AUGGACAGCGAGUUGCCGCUCGCCAAAGAAAGUAUUCCGCCCAUAAAGCGCUCCCGGCACGAUGAGCUCGCCGAUUCCACGAAGCUCGAACCAUCCAUUGUCGUUCAUGUGCGCAAUCUCAACCCUAAGGCAAUGGAAGCGGACUUGAUAGAUGCGCUUGGAACGUUUGGGUUUAUCGCAUAUGUGACAGUGGUGCCUGCCCUAAAGAUGGCAUUGGUGGAGUUCGAGGAAAUCGAAGCCGCUCGGGCUUGUGUCACAUUUGCGGCGACCAAUUUCAUACCCGUUGCUGGAGACGUAGCAAUGUUCAACUACUCCACUUCACAGCAUAUUCAGCGCCUGGGUUUUGAAUCGAGAACCCCUUGUAAAGUGCUUGUACUCACUGUGUACAAUGUACAACGUCCACUAGAUGUUCAUGUCAUCAGUCGAGUCUGUGAACCACACGCAAAGGUGCUGAGAAUAGCCAUUGUUCGCAAAUCACUGAUGCAGGCUCUUGUCGAGUUUGAGAGUGCCGAGAGUGCCAAAAAAGUAAAGCAUGCCAUCAAUGGAGCAGAUAUCUACUCAGGAUGUUGUACGUUGAAGGUGGAAUUCGCAAAGCCAGAUCAUGUGAAGGUGACACGUCAAGAUGCUAACCAGUGGGAUUUCACACUCAGCGGAGCAGGCAAAGGUGGCGCACUACGUUCCCUUCCUUCUACUCAUCAAGGAGGUUACGGUGACGCUGAACCCUCAGCUCACUAUCCUCCUGUUGAGGGAAAUGGACGUGUUCUGAUGAUUUACGGCAUCGACCGCGAAAAGCUUAAUUGUGAGAAACUAUACAAUCUACUGUGCCAAUAUGGAAAUGUUCUCAGAAUUCGCUUCAUGGCUUCAAAGAAAGAUACAGCAAUUGUUGAACUUGGAACUCCAACAGCGGCUGGUAACGCUAUUAAGUACUUGCAAGGAAUAACGUUGUUUGGAUUGACGCUACAGCUCAAACCAAGCAUUCAGUCUGCUGUGAGAGACGUUGUCGACCCGUUCGACCUUCCUGAUGGAUCUCCUUCAUUCCGUGAUUAUUCGAUGUCUGGCCUGCAUCGCUUUUCUACUCCAGAUGAAGCCGCUCGAAACCGAUUGGUAUAUCCAACNAAAAUGUUGCACUGGUACAACGCUCCUGCCAGUAUGGAUGAGGAGAAGAUUAAACAGGUUUUUGCUGAGCGCGGUGCUCCAGAGCUGAAAUCCGUUACAGUUUUUGUUGGACGCAGUGAGAAAUCGUCGUCAGGGAUUGUUGAAUUGGAAAGUAUUGAAAAGGCGAAUGAGGCUCUUGCUCUUGUGAAUCACACUCCUGUUGUGAGUAAAGUCGGCAAGGUUUUUACCUCCGGAAAGUGUAUUCAUGGGAAAGAUUUUUUUGAGAGUGACGCUGACUAG